UGUAUCGGUCAAAAUGUUUUACGUAUUAAUUUUAUGGCCAGUAUUACUCGCGUCGGCUGUAUUGACAUUGACCAUAGACUCUAUUUUGGGGACGUCGAUUGAAGACUGUUUCGAAAGAAUUGCGAUCGGCGAACAGUUGCCACCUAGCUCCAUCUACCGGAAUGUCUCAGAACUAACGACGAAGGAAUGCGAACAAAUCUGCAAGCAGGACAAACAAUGUCAGGCGUAUGAUUAUGGUGUCGGUGCCAAAGGCAAUUCAACAUGCGAUCUCAGCAACAUGAACGAGAAGCAAAUAAAAGAAGACAAACCACUCCAUCGCAAUCCAGACUACGAUGUAUACGUUAGAAGAAUACAAUGCGAGCAAUCUCCACCCACACCAAUAGACGAAGAUUUCCUUGAAAAUGGACCGUUAAAUCGACCUAUGUUUAGACCAGACGAAGAUUCAAAGCGACCUCUAGCUGACGAAUAUGAAGAUUCGCGACCAGACAGACGACCGAGUUACAACGACCGACCAGACAGUUUCGACAAUCAAAGCCCAGAUGACAGACCACCAAGCUAUGGACCACAUGCGCCAGAAAACAUUCCUUAUAAUGAAAAGCCUGUUCGACCAGGUUACGAUUCUCAUAGACGACCGCGUCCAAACUUCAGACCAGACCCAUACGGAGGACCGAGUGAAGAAACACACGAUGCGUAUGGACCUAAACCUGAGUACAUACCAGAAAAGCCACAAUAUCAGUACAUAAUACGACCAAAUAGGAAGCCAAAACCUGAUAGUUCUUUUAACAGUGGCUAUAAUCAAGUCAGUGCAAGACCAGAAUACGAUAGACCCUCCUAUAACUAUAAUAGUCAAUACACGAGUGACAGACCCUCCUAUAGUUAUAAUAGUCAAUACGCAAGCAAUUACGGAGGUCAAGACAAUUCCAUUCAUGUAGAAAUAUACGAUCCACCUAGAUAUAAGCCAGUAAAGAGACCGUAUGAGCAAAGUUCUGUAAGCUAUGGUCAAAGUUACGGAUACAAUCAGUACCAAGCCUCUUCUAAUCAAUAUGGGUAUGGACAAGAAAGUUAUGUGAAGCCAGAGAGGCCAGUAAACAGUUAUGGUUUCAGUACAGAAAAACCUUAUCAAAGGCCAAGUUCCAGUCAAUAUGGUCAAAGUGGGUAUGAAUCAGGAAAUAAGUACGGCUACGGUCAGAGUCAACAAUACGGACAAUCUAGCCAAUAUGGUGCAAGUUAUGGUAGUAGUCAAAGUGCGUAUGGUCAAAAUGAUAAUAAGUACGGUCAAAGUCAGAAUCAAAAUGGUUACGGACUUUCGCAAACAUCAGACAGCCGACCUAGCUUUAGUAGACCGAGCUAUGAAAAUCAGGGAUACACUCAGAGUACUAAUAGUCAUUCUAGCAAUGAAAAUAGUUCUGGCUAUGGUCAUGGAUCGCAAAACAACUAUGGUUCGAACAGCUAUGGCAACGAUGGCCAAUCGUACGGCCAAUCUAAUAGACCAACUUCAAGUUAUGGCCAAUCAAGUCACGAUACAUCUCUUAACACAGCCUCGUAUGGACAACAAAGUCAAAGCAGCUAUAACAAAUAUGACACAAACAAACGACCGUACAACGAACCUGUGUACGAUGACAAUUCUUUAUUCGGCAGUCAUCUUGGAUACGGCACGCAUCAUUUAUAUGAUAUGUAUGGAUAUAAAAGACCAAGUGAAGAUAGACCCUUUAAUAAUAGACCAUAUAAACCAAGUCAGGAAACUGCUGUUGUCGGUUACGGAGAAACUAGUUAUCAAACAGACAAACCCAACAAUAAUUAUGGAUCAAAACCUAGUGAUGGUUAUAACAAACAAAAACCUAGUUAUAGUGUAAAUGAAGAUAGACCAUAUAAACCAAGCUAUCAGGAAACUGCUGUUACAGGUUACGGAGAAACGAAUUAUCAAAUUGAAAAACCAAACAAUAAUUACGGAUCGAAACCUAGCGAUGGUUAUAACCAACAAAAACCCAGCUAUAGUGAAGGUGGUUAUGAAGAAAAACCAAGUUAUAGCGGAAACAAUUAUGGCAGUAAACCUAACGAUGGUUAUAAUAAACCUGGUUAUGAAAAACCUAGUUACGGUGAAAGUGGUUAUAGCAAACCGAAUAGUUACGGCGAAACGAGCUAUGAAACAAAACCUAGCGGUUACGGUCAAACAUCAAAACCAGCGUACGGAAGCAAUCAAGAAUCAAGCCAAAGUUACGGUGGUUAUGAAGAAUCGAAGCCCAGUGGUUAUGGCCAAUCGAAACCGUCAUACUCAGAAGGUUACGGAUCGACUACAACUGGUUAUGGUUCCACUGGUUACAGACCUGGUUAUAACCAAUCUAUAGACCCGGAUAGGCCGGAUGUUAGACCGGUUUAUGAGUUUGAAUAUGAAAAGCCAGAUGCGCCAAGUUAUAUUGCUAAACCUGAUGGAAACGUCAUAACUACUAGACCGGUUUCUGUUGCAGAUUCUGUUUCUGCCAUACCCGGGUCUAGGUAUGGCAGAAACCCGGAAUCUGGAAUUUCUUAUAAGGGAAGUGUUAGUGUAGUAACAUGUCAAAUUUGUGCAAUAAAAAUGAAUGUAUGUGUGGUGUUUUUUGUCUGUCUGUUCGCUACUGUGAUUGGAUCUCGCGUUAUUCUUGUGGAGAAUGCACCAACGUGUUUUCGCCGUGUACUAGCAGGUCGGAGAGCUCUACGAAGUCACGUGAGAAGGGUAGUUGAUUGCGAACGCCUGGAGGACUGUAGACGGGAAUGCGCUACCGAGAGGCGAUUUCAUUGCGAGAGCUUUAACUAUAGAUUAGACCCAACAUUUCGCGGCAAAGGACUUUGCGAAUUGAUGAGCAAACCUAUCGAAGCGUUUGACAUACGUCACGACUUCGUAGACGACAAAGAUUACGAUUUCUACGAACUUGACCGGAAUAGUUUGGAACCCAAUUGCCCAGAAACUCUCAGAGGUCCAGGGCUCUUGCAUUCUGGUUUUUUAUCCUCAAAGCCGAAGGGCAGUGAACGGGUAGAUUGGCAUGAAGCUGGGUAUAGAGGGUACAAUAGGUAUGAUGAAAAACAACACUACACUCAACAUAAGCGGUAUGAAGACCAGUUUUAUGUGCCGUAUCAGAUUGGAAUAAGCAGAAGCGACGAGAAAGAAACGUCCAGACCAUACAAUCACUAUAGCCAUCACGAUUCACAUUACAAUAAUCAAAACCACAAGUCCUAUAGUCACUGGGGGCUUGCUGAUACAAAGUACUAUGGGGUUAAACAUGGAACAAAUACUGACUUUGAUUACCAAAGUUUAGGAAAAGGGCACUUCGAUUACCAAAGUUUAGGAAAAGGGCAGGAUCAGGGAUAUGGUUAUGGGUGGAAGAAGGGCAGGUGGAAUUCCUCGGGGGAAAGUUGGAGUAGGUGGGAUGAGAUUGGCAGGAUCGAUGAUGGGGAUGAGGUGAAAGACUGUUCGUCCCGUCGCAGCGCGGGCAUGUCGCUGUCGGCGGGCGCGGUUCGCCGCUCGCUGUCCGCGCGGAGCGUGCUCGAAUGCGAGGCGGCGUGCUUCGCGGAGAGAGAGUUCAAGUGUGUCUCCUAUAGUUACAAGUACUCCAGUCCAUCAUCAGACAACUGUUUCCUCAGCGAGCGACCUUACAAAGCUCUACAGAUGUCAGCUGAUAGUGGCUCCGAUGUAUACGCGAUGCCACAGCACUCAGGCUGCCAUACUGUUAGCACAAAACCUUGGGUGGAAAGUGAAUGUUUCUGGCACGUCCGUUCCGGGUCGGCCAUUUCUGGCUCCGCGGCUAAAGCGGCGCUCACUGUGAGCGGACUUGGUGCUUGUGAAGCGGAGUGUAUCAGAGCUCAUACCUUCUUUUGUAGGGGAUUUAGCUUUAGAUUCGAAGCACCAACAAUAGGUGAUGACCUAGCGAACUGUAUCCUCACAUCAUCACCACCAACAUCCCUAGACCCGGAGGGUGUUGGGGGUGUUGGAGGUGGUCUACAUGCUGCAGCCCAUGAGCUAUAUGCUCGUGGUAAUUAUGGAAGGGGAUGUGAACCGGCGCUGUAUGAUGAUGUACAGCAUAAGGACGCACAAUGCUACCUACAAUACGACAACUCAGCCAAGUUAACACACAGCGCAAUCCGCGGGCAAGCGCGAGUGAGAGACGAUAGAGCGUGCGGGAAAGCGUGUACUGAUGCACCGUUUAGGUGUUUGAGUUUUUCUUUUACUGCCAACGCACCCCCGGACACAGACAAUUGCUUAUUAUCAGAAAUACGUCUAUUUGACUUACAAAGAGGCGUCGAUUAUAUUCCUUCUUCAGACGAUCUGUUGUUCGCAUUUGAUCUAUUCAAUGGUCAAUGUUGGCGAAAAGUUUAUGGACAGCAUGAAGUACCAAAUUUUGAAAUACCACAUCCGCUAAAUCCUACAAUAGAAGAACAUUAUCCAGGAACUCGACCUGAUCCACCUUCAGCGCCUGACACAUACAUAACAGGACCGAGCGGUCCUAGUUACCCAUCUGGCCCAUCUAAACCCAUAGAAUCUGGUUACAAACCUAUCUAUGAACCUAUCCCUAGUUAUAUACCCGAUAGUGGUCCAAGUGGUCCAAAUAAGCCUAGUUAUGGACCUAGCUAUAUACCCGAUAGUGGUCCAAGUGGUCCAAAUAAACCUAGCUAUGGACCUAGCUAUAUACCUGAUAGUGGUCCUAAUAAACCUAGCUAUGGACCUAGCUAUUUACCUGACAGUGGUCCUAGUGGUCCUAUGUCAGGUUCAAAUAAACCUAGCUACGGACCCAGUUAUUUACCUGAUAGUGGUCCUAGUGGUCCAACCGGACCUUACGUACCCAGUUCGUAUGAACCGUCUGGACCUAUACGACCAGAACACGAACCUGUAAGACCAAUACGACCUAUAGGUCCAACUGGGCCUAUAGAAACUGGUCCAAAACCUUAUCCAGAUUUUGAUUAUAAGCCUAGUUACAAACCGGUACCAGAACCGUACAAACCUAUACGUAAACCGUAUAAACCGUAUGAACCUGGUUUUAGACCGGGUUAUGAAACCAAACCUGGUUAUUUGCCGGAGAAACCAAGUUAUAGGCCAAUAGAAAGGCCGUAUGUUAAACCAACGAGGCCUAAUUUGGUUGGAGGCAGUGAUGAAUUGAUACCAUCAUCAUCAUGGCGUCACUACACUGUAUCUGGUUUUCCUUGCCGACGUGGAACUACUUGCGAGCAAAACCGGGUCGCAGGACACUGGGCGUGUGAACCUGAGGGGGGAGAGAUUGGUUCAUGGGACUAUUGCUGUGCUCCGACCCAUAGAUGCGGUUAUAGCGAAGGAUUUAGAAAACCUUGGUGUUACGUCGGUCCAUCAGACGAGCAAUGGCGUCCUUGCAGCGAGAAAUAUUAUCCCUACCACCAACACAAUGUACCGCAUCCAUCGCUUGGACAUCGCGAAGCGAUUCGUCCCCGUCCAGAUGGACAGCCAAACAAACCAACAGACAGAGUCCGUCCCGGGCCAUACUUGCCAGAGGGAGAUAGGAAAUAUUGGGACGAUUUAUACAAAAAUGGACCACAAGCGUAUUAUGAUAAGUACGGGAAUCCCUUACCAGGCUACACCCGCGUACCAACAGAAUCUCGUCCCCACAUAAAAUACGAACACAAUCCUCCACGACGAGGGUCUGGUAACUGGGUCCCAGUGCAUUAUGAUGAUGAGCCUCAAGCUGCUGGACUUGGUGUUCCUAGGUACUGGCCAAUCGCAUAUUUACACAAAGAGCCACCGCCAAACACAACAUACUUUAGAUUCAACGAAACAACACCAACAACAGAGCGAUACAACUUUCGUUCAACAACCUUACAACCAGACACACGGACAGACAGACCAACAAACGAACUAAAUAUAGAGAGUAGAUCCAUGGAAGAUCACCACAGAAAUGAAAAACGUAGAAACAUUUCACAAAUCGACGAACUUGAUCUUUAUGACAAUUACAACAUAACAACAACAACAUAUAAACCAGAGAGUACAACAACAGAAACAACAAGUACAACAGAAGCUGAAUUUAAAAACAACACAAUAUUCGAAUCAUCUAAAGUUAACGAAAAUUUAGAUGAUUACGAACAAAUAAAAGGCUUAGAUGAUAAACUACAUGAUUUUACAAGAUCUAUCGAAGUGUUUGAUAUAGAAGACGCGAAUUCAAGCGAAAAAUCAGCCGAUUUAAAAACAUUAGAAGCGGAAGAGAAACAAAUUGAAGCUAUCGGUCGACUUCUAGCUUCAAAACGCGGUGGAAAGCGAAUUUUAGAUACGCAAAAACAAGAUUUAGAAUCCAAAAAAGUAGCUGUUGAUAAUGAUUUUAUGGAUUUCAACUUUAAAAAUAGAUUUCCAACUGAAAGACGUGGAAUAAUACAAAGAGUGACAAAGGAAGAAUUAAAAGAUGUUCUUAAUGAAGGAAGUUUAGAAGUUAGCGAAACUACUUUUGUUCGACCACCCAGAAUAUUAAGUACAACGGAAAAUAUUAAAAAAGCAAUCGUUAACGGAAAAGUCUUUUAUGACGCAACGAUAAGGGAUAGAAAAGACUUAUUCACGAAUGCAACAAGAAAAGGAAAGAGUCUACGUUUAGAAGAAAGAGUUCCAAUAGUUAUAACUAACAGUAACGCUAAAAAGAAUAUAAGAAGAAAUGUUAAUCCCAUCAGAAGAGUUAAAAGAGUUUACAGAAAGAGAUAUAAUCCAGAAGAAGUUAGAAAGAGAUUGUUAGAAAGGGAAAAGAGUAAGAAAGAUUAAGAAAGUUAUUUUAAGGUUAAAUAUUGUCAGUUUGACUUAAAUAUGGGUUUGGGUUGAAUUGACGAUGAUUAGUAGUUAGGUUAGGUUUAUUUUUAAUAAGGCAUUUUGUAAUAAAACGUUUUGAGUAAU